AUGAUGUUGACUGCUAUUGCCAUCCUUAGCAAGUUCUGGAUGCUGCUUUCCUGCUUUAUGGUCCUCUCUCAAGUCCAAGGAAAGGACUCCCCAAAAGAUAUUGCUUCUCCACAAGUCAGCUGUCCCAAUGGCUCCCAGCCCUUUGGCACCCUCUGCUAUGCUUUGAGUGGGACUCCAAAAUCCUGGAUGGAUGCAGAUUUGGCCUGCCAGAAGUGGCCCACAGGACACCUUGUGUCUGUGCUUAGUGCGGCUGAGGCUUACUUUGUGUCCUCUCUGGUAACAAGCACUGUGAACAACUAUCAAUAUGUCUGGAUUGGGCUUCAUGACCCCACACUGGGUAAAGAACCCAAUGGAGCUGGGUGGGCAUGGAGUAACACUGAUGUGUUAAAUUACCUUAAUUGGGAAAGGAAUCUUUCCACUGUUGCAGUCCAUGGUUACUGUGGGAGCCUGUCACGAUACUCGGGAUUUCUAAAGUGGAGAGAUCAGCCCUGUGUUGUGCAAUUACCCUAUGUCUGCAAGUUCAAGAUAUAG